AUGUAAGAACAAAAAAUACAGGAUCAAAUACUUGGAUUCCGAUCUCAGCUAGACUUAGAGACCCAGAAGGCUCUGAUUCAAAAACUCAUUUAAGAUCAGGCUGACAGAACUACAGCCAAAUGGGCUCAAGUAAUUCUUGAAUCACUGUCAAAAGACUUAGAGUCUGAAAGGGAGAGAUUGCAGAAGAUAACCUCUGAGAAUACUGCUGGAAAGCCCUUAGAGGAUUAGCAACAAUAUGGUGAGUAAAAGCCCUAUCUAGAGGAAAGGAAAACUGACAGGGGUACUCUAAGAGCAAAGCUGGUGGUUGCGAUUGAUGAAAAAGAACUAAACAAGGUUGAGCUGGCUUACUUUAAGAGACCAAAGGAUUUUGUUAUCCUAAGUGAUAAGGAUGCAAGUAGACUCAUGAAAGGGCAAGAUGUGCAUCAUCUUCAUAAUGAGAAAGACAUUCUACGCGACUAUAAUGUCUAACUGAAUGGCAACAUUCCAGCCUAUAAUUACGAUGGUGAUUCUGGUUAAGAUAAUGACAAAAAAAACUUUGUGUCCAACAAUCAAGUCUAGGAGUUUGAUCCAGAGAUUGGCUCAAACAAGUCUGAAAGUGGAGGAGAAAAGUACAAUGGCGUCGGAGGGUCAUUGUCAAGAAAGAGCAACGGAGGUCAAAACCCUCAAAAUGGUUUUAGCUGCAUUAAAAGGUCCGGUAGCGGAGGAAAUGCAAAAAACUCUACUUCAAAGGGUAAAUCAGUAAAGAAGUUGGUAGGUACCAAACGUACUCAUCCUAUGUCCGAAGGGGGAUCCCAAGAAGAUGAUCGAUCUAAUAAAGAGGGAGACACCGACUCGAUCAUUGAUGAGCCUAACCCAGGUCCAAAACACUAUAAUGAGAUGAAUAAAAAGCUUUACUGCAUUUGCUAGUAAGAAUAUAAAAAUGGAAAUCUAAUGUUCUAAUGUGAAGGGCCAUGCGAGGGCUGGUAUCAUCCUCAUUGCAUGAAUUUACCUCCUGAGAGAGUUGAGGAGUUGAAAAAUUCGAAAGAACCCUGGAUAUGCGACUUCUGCUAGAACUAUGUACUCAUCAAUUAAUAUUAAAAGCAUAUUAAUUUUAACAAAUAGGAGAACAACAUGAACGAAUCUACCACAAACGGUUAAGUUCUUGAGGGAGGCAAGCAGCCAGAAUUGGGUGAUUCUGCUGGUAAAAGACUCAAGAAGAAGAUCAUCAACCAAAACAAUGGGGGAAACAGCAAUAGUAAUAAAAGCUUGGGCCCAAUAUCCAAUUAAACCUCUUAAUGA